GGUCCCGUCCUUCUCUGGGGCAGUCCCCGCCCAGCUGGCCGCUAGAGACGGAAACACAGUUUCACCUGGGGCCAUGGAAGAGCGACCGAUGUGGGAACCGGAGGCCUGGGGCUCCUCUGGAGUGUGGCCGGCACCCCGCGAGGGCAGAGCAGGCCCGUCGCUCUCGUCUGUGCUGAAUGAGCUCCCCAGUGCUGCUACCCUUCGCUACCGAGGCCCCGGGGUUGUGCCGUGGGGGGCCUCGGAGGAGGAGGAAGAAGAUGGAGAGAGGAACAUCCAGGCCAUCACAGAAGCUGCCCAGAAGGAACUGGAGGAGGCCCUCCCGUCCCGGGAACUGCCCUGGCCCAUGCAGGCCCGCCGGGCACACAGGCAGAGCCAUGCCAGGGACCAAGUGGCUCAGGGAUCGGGUUCCAGAGCCACGCUGUGGGCCCUGCGGCUUCGGCGGUCCAAGGAGAAGAUCAAGGCAGGCCUGCAUGCCUUGCAACCCUGGGCGUGGACGCUGAAGAGAAUCGGGGGCCAGUUUGGCGCCGGCACCGAGUCCUACUUCUCCCUGCUGCGCUUCCUGCUGCUUCUGAACGUGCUGGCGUCCGUACUUCAGGCCUGCAUGACGCUGCUGCCCACCUGGCUGGAAGGGCCUCCCCCCGGUCCCCCUGGACCGGACGCCUCCUCACCCUGCGGCUUCUACAAUCCCAACCCGCAAGGCCUGGUCACCUUCCCCACCCAUCUCUUCAACUUGCUCUCAGGAGAGGGUUUUCUAGAAUGGUCUCCUCUCUUCUAUGGCUUCUACCCGCCCCGCCCACACCUGGCAGUCACCUACCUGUGCUCCGUCUUUGUCAUCGGCCUCCUGUACCUGCUGCUUACCCUCCAUCGCUCCGUGUCAGGACUGAAACAGACGCUGUUGGCCGAGUCGGGGGCCCUUACCAGCUACAGCCACCGGGUGUUCACCGCCUGGGACUUCGGCCUCUGCGGGGACGUGCACGUGCGGCUGCGCCAGCGCAUCAUCCUCUACGAGCUGCAGGUGGAGCUGGAGGAAGCUGUGGUGCUGCGCCAGGCUGCGGUGCGGACCCUGGGCCAGCAAGCCAGGGUGUGGUCGGUGCGGAUCCUGCUCAAUCUGCUGGUGAUUGCACUCCUGGGAGCAGCUUUCUACGGAGUCUACUGGGCUACAGGGGCCGCUGUGGGGCUGCAGGAGGUGACCCUUGUCCAACAGAUGCCACUGCUAAAGCUCGGAGUGGAUUACCUUCCGUCCAUCUUCAUCUCUGGGGUCAACUUCUUGCUGCCACCCGUGUUCAAGCUCAUUGCCCCACUGGAGGGCUACACCAGGAGCCACCAGAUUGUUCUUAUCCUGCUCAGGACUGUGUUUCUCCGCCUGGCCUCCCUGCUAGUCCUGCUGUUCUCUCUCUGGAAUCAGAUCACUUGCGGGGGCCAAGCCGAGGCUAAAGAGUGCAAAACCUGUGGCUACAAUUACAAGGAACUGCCGUGCUGGGAGACUCGGCUGGGGCAGGAGAUGUAUAAACUCCUGCUCUUUGAUCUGCUGACUGGCGUGGCUGUCAUGCUGCUCAUCCAGUUUCCUCGGAAACUGCUCUGUGGCCUCUGUCCUGGGGCGCUGGGUCGUGUGGUGGGAACCCAGGAGUUCCAGGUGCCCGACGAGGUGCUCGGGCUCAUCUACGCGCAGACGGUGGUCUGGGUAGGGAGUUUCUUCUGCCCUUUACUACCUCUGCUCAACACGGCCAAGUUCCUGCUACUUUUCUAUUUGAAGAAGUUCACCCUUUUCUUCACCUGCUCCCCGGCCUCCCGCACCUUUCGGGCUUCCACAGCGAAUUUCUUCUUCCCCUUGGUCCUUCUCCUGGGUCUGGCCAUCUCCGCUGUUCCCGUGCUUUAUAGCAUCUUCCUGAUCCCACCUUCUAAGCUGUGUGGUCCAUUCCAAGGGCAGUCGUCCAUCUGGGCGUCCAUCCCGGAGUCCAUUUCCAGCCUCCCUCAGGCCGUCCAGAACUUUCUCUUUUUUCUUGGGACCCAGGCUUUUGCUGUGCCUCUUCUGUUAAUUUCCAGCAUCCUGAUGGCAUAUACCCUGGCCUUGGCUAACUCCUAUGGACGUCUCAUCUCUGAGCUCAAACGCCAGAUAGAGACGGAGGCGCGGAAUAAGGUCUUCCUGGCACAGCGCGCUGUGGCCCUGAGCUCGGCCAACGGGGCUCUUUGAGCUCCCUAGCCUUCGUCAGGACGAUGUCCCACUUUCAGUCCUGACCUGCCCCCGACCCUUUGUAAGCCUCCGGCACGUCAUCUGUAAAAUGGGAGAACUUAGAGCCCUGGGAUUCGGACACCUCCAGGCCCUGAUCUCCCCCACCCUGCCAAGUCCCUCACUCUCCAGUUAAACUCCUGUAUCAAUAAACGCAGCUGAGGCUGCCUAGCACUGUU